AGGAAGAAGAGGAACAGGAAGAAGGCGAGUUAGCCGACAUUCCCGAGGGAUUGGAUAGGGAACCCAAAAAAAACAACCUUCCCUUCUGCUUCUCCGUGUGCGUGGAAAUGGCAGCCACUUCUCAUCUGUCCCAAGCCAUGUCGGUUUUGCUGGGUGAAAUUGCAGGAAACCUGACUGUGCAAGAGAUGGAUCAGAAACCCUCAAUACUAGCAGCCCUUCAAGGUGUGCCUUCUUCAGCCCUGAUCCCUGCCAAACCUGAAAGGCUGAAAAUCCAAAAGAAAGGAUCGAGCUUGUUAGCGAAGACUCGUCACCAGAUCAACCGAGUGAGCCGGGCAGAGUUGGCCGACAAUUUUCUACGUCUUCGUGAUGAACAUUUGCUGCUCAAAGAGCUAACUCAAAAGCAGGAGAGCAAGAUCAAAAGGAUGGGCACCAAACUCUCAAGACUGAAUCGAGCACAACAGGAAACCCGGAACAGGAGACCCGGCAGCUACGUUCAAAACUCUGGCCGGAACCUGGACUUGGAAGAGGGCCUGGAAGAGAUGCAGGAACGGGUUUGGGAACUGGAACGUCUCAACCAGCGUUUGAGGAGUCACCUGCUCUUCUACAAGCAACAGCUACAACUGCAGGGCUGCAGCCGUCACUGUCCCUAUGGCCACAUCACAGCCAAGGUCAACACGGGCUUUCGUCGGCCACAUACCUCUCCCAGACAAGGGCCCAAGAAGUCACACAAAGAGAUGCAGGUAUCAAGAAUGACAGACAGGUCAAUCUCUCCCAGAUAUUCUGAUGAUGUCCUGGAAAGGUCGCAAGCAGGAACCGAAAGACUGACCCACAGUCUGGUGCUGGCUGAGUUAGACAAGGAUCAUGAAUUGCUGAGUUUCACACCUGAUAAAGAAAUUGAUCUGGAAUACAUUCAACCUCAGAAAAGCUAUCUAAACUUGCAGGAAUACCGGUAA